CAGCAGACGUGCUGGAGGCUCGUGGUGUCUUGGUGAGUUCCUCCAGGCGAAGAAGAGACCAAGACUCGGCGAAUGUGGGGAAGGGACGCUGCAUGGGGAUCAAACAACCAAGCUGUAUGCCCGCAUGGUAUUCCAAGGCGUCGGGAGCAAUGGCUCGGGGUCGGGGUCGGGGGCGGUGGCUGCUGCCGACGCGGCUGUUGAACGUCUGCCUCGCCGCGCUCUGCCGCGGGGGGAGCCUCGCCCUGGCGGAAUCCAUGCUCGUCGAUGCCAUCCGCCUCGGCCUGCCCCCCGACGCCGUCACCUACAACACCCUCCUCGCCGCCCACUGCCGCGCCGCCGGGCUCGAAGCGGGCAUCGCCGUCAUGGGGCGGAUGCGGGAGGCUGGGGUGGAGCCCGACACCGUCACCUACAACUCCCUCAUCGCCGGCGCCUCACGCCGCGGGCUCCCGAUACACGCCCUCGACCUGUUCGACGAAAUGCUCCGGGCGGGGAUUGCCCCCGACUCCUGGAGCUACAAUGCCCUCAUGCACUGCCUGUUCCGGUCCGGCCACCCGGAGGAUGCCUACCGGGUGUUCGCUGAUAUGGCUGAGAAAGGCAUUGCACCAUGUGGCACCACCUACAACACUCUCCUCGACGGGAUGCUCAGGGCCGGCUAUGCGAUGAACGCGUACAGGAUGUUCAGGUACCUGCAGAGGGCGGGGCUCCCCGUGGGCAUCGUGACUUACAACACCAUGAUCAGCGGGCUAUGCAGGUCAGGCAAGGUGGGCUAUGCCCGCAUGGUCCUUAGGGAGCUUGGGAGGACUGAUCAUGCCCCAAAUGUUGUCACUUACACAGCAGUUAUGAAAUGCUGCUUUAGGUAUGGUAGGUUUCAGCAAGGGUUGGACACCUUCUUGUCAUUGCUGGACAAAGGGUGCAUUUCUGAUGUCUUCCCAUACUGCACAGUGAUCAGCGCAUUGGUCAAGAAGGGCCGGAUGGAAGAAGCCAAUACCUAUUGUGACCUCAUGCUGAAAAAUGGAUCUAGGCUUGACAGUGUGUGCUACAACAUGCUUAUUCACAUGCGAUGCCAAGAAGGGAAGCUGGAUGACGCAUUUGAGCUUGUGAGCAUGAUGGAAGAUGGCGGCCUGGAGAGUGAUGAGUACACAUUUGCAAUUUUGGUUAACGGGCUGUGCAAAAUGGGGCAUAUUGAGGCUGCAGAAAAGCAUUUAUGUUACAUGGAGAUGAGGGGCAUGCAAUCUAAUGUUGUGGCAUACAAUUGUUUGGUUGAUGCGCUCUGCAAACUUCAAGAGGUGGAUGCAGCUAUCAGAUUACUGCAGUGUAUGAAACUAAAGGAUGAUUUUACUUACACAUCACUAGUCCAUGGUCUAUGUAGGGUGGGUAGGUACCAUAUGGCAUCGAAAUUCUUGCGAAUCUGCUUGCAUGAAGGUAAUAAUGUUCUUGCAUCUGCAAAGCGUGCUGUCAUUGAUGGGCUUCGUAGCUCAGGGUUUAAAAAUGAUUUGAGGAAAGUCCAGGUAGCAUUAAAUAUGGCUAAGCUGUUACGACCAUAAUACAAGAAAAAAUUCCUGCAACUUGGUUGGAUGAUCCUGCAACAUUUGAACGAUCAAUUUACAAGAGAAAUGACUGGAUGAUCCUGCUGGAGUUUAAAGAUGAAAUAUCUGGUCGGUGGGUUCAGUACAUCAUGCUGUAGAAGAAGGAAUGAAGGAUAGUGGUGAUACUCUUUUCCUGGAGAUACCAUAACCAUAGGCUGGUGAUAUGCAAUAAGCUUUUUCACUGUCAAAACUAAGCAGAAUAAAAUUAAACAUCUAGUUGGCAGACGGUACCAGCUCAGUAUGUCCACAAAGCUAGCACUAACUGGCGUACACCUUGUCUAGUUGCCUUGGAUUUUGUUGGGAAGAUUGAUUCGAUUAGUUAUCUGUUGCUCCAGACCAGACGACACACAGCAAGCAAUUUAAAAAAAACGUACAAAAAGCUGCAGUUUUGUACAUAAACUCAUUUGUUCAUCAUUUUUUUUGUUCUGUUCUUUAAUUCUUAUGGUGCACCAGAUGUCAUAGUAUUAACAUGUUACAAGUUUUAUACGCUAAUGAAAAACAUGGCAAGGGGAUAAACAUAUUUUUGGUAUGCUGCAGUGCUGCCUGUCCUUUAAUUUUUCCGUUUCACAGUAAUUUGAUAUGUCAGUGGCUGCGAAGCUCGAGCAGUCUGUUGAACUUGACAAGAUGACAAGUCGAGUACCUCUUUAUGAUGGAGCACCAUAUAUUGUUUGCACGGCGGCAUAUGAAAAUUGAACUCAAUUGAGGUAAAGGUUGGUAUCGGUUGAAGAAGUGGAUUGAUCUGGGUUGGUAGCAAUCAAGAGAUGUUUGGUGGAUUGGAUUAGUUCUGGGAGGUACAGUUUGCUAACAUAGGGAGUUUUCAAACGACUGCUUCGAGUGUCAAUAAACUUGAGAGCAGCACCAGAUCAUAUCCACGCAUCGGCAUGUACUCCACUUGCCAGAAUGCUCGUGCCGAUCCAUACAUUAGAAGUAUGAAGGCAUGAAGCCCAGUCCAGGAACAGAUGUGGUAUCAUCUUUGAGGAUGCAAUACAGGCUGAGGGCAGCUGCUACCAAGCGGCUAAGAAUUACAUAGACACCCAGCUCAAGGCAGCUAAACCUUUAAAAGCGCUGAAGAGAAGAUGAUCAGAGAGUAAUGGUAAAAGAAGAUGAGUACCAUUCAGCCGUUUAUUAUGUAAUUCCUUCA